AUGGCGGUUCGGCAGCAACAACAACGUAUUGCCGUUGACGAUCCCAUAAGAAAAAAACAUCGACGAAUAACAACACCUGGCCACCGCCCUAAAUCGACUUUAGAAACGUUAAAAAUUUUAUUUUUCUUCUUCGUCUUCUUCAUUGUGACUCCGCAGCAACGCAAAAACUCCGCGACAGCUCAAGGUGGUAUUGAAGAGACCCCCUACUACUAUUUGGGUUGCUAUACCGCCCGUUUGGAUUUAACCCAAGAACAAUUGUUCAGCAAAGUACCCCAAGUGUGUGUCGAGAUUUGUGAAGUUAAGGAUUACAGCUUUGCUGCCCUGUCCGAUGAUAAGUGUUACUGUACCCACACCGUUGUCCCCGAGGAAAAACAAGAUGAUCUGCUGUGUUCCACACGUUGCAUAGCCAGCAAAUCCGAAUAUUGUGGCGGAGCUGGGGUACACAGUUAUUAUUCCACCGAAGUGGCCAAAAGUGCUGCAGCCAAAGAAUUACAAGUCAUUAAUGCCACCGAGAACAGCCUAACCAUCUCCUGGCUACCACACAACCCAAUGAAACAUUUCAUAUCCGGUGUAGAGUCCACACCAAUGAUUCGCAUCACCAACUACAUGAUCAAAACGGAACGUCUUCACACCUACUCCAUGCAACCCUUUUUCCCCCAACCCGAAUUCAUUGUCCAGGGUAAUGAAACAAAAUUUGAAAUAACCGAUUUACAUCCAGCAACGCACUAUCAAAUAACCGUUCAAUCGCUAUGCGAAAGUAAUACUCAGGGUGCAUCGAAAUGUGGUUCAUCCAUGGUGGAGGGCACAACGUUAAUUGGUGAGCCAAGUCCUAUGCCACCACCACCAAAAGUCUUGACGAGCACCGAUAAAACCAUCACCAUACAAAUAAAACCCGUUCGCAAUAAUAAUGGUCCCGUCACCAAAGUGUUGGUAAUUGUUGAACAUGUCGAUGAUGCAAUAACCCAACCGUUUGACAGUGCUCUGCUCGGUAGCUAUACGGAGGCCGAAGAGAACGGGCUGCCAUAUUAUAUUGCUGCCGAAUUGGAUUAUGAUCGUCCGGGUGAUAAUAAAACGAGGAAAUUCAUUGUCGGUGAUGGCAAACGCUAUGGAAGAUAUACAAAUCCACCGUUGGAUAAUAAAAAUUCGGAUGUUCAUAUUAGUUUGGCUGUGGUAAGCACGCUGAACAACAUAACGAAAAUCCUGUACGCACGCAGUACCCACGAACAACAUGUCAGUUCAAUGGAUAAUUUUACAUAUUCCACCUUUGAAUCGGGAUCCAAUUCCGUGGUAGCGCUGAUUGUAACCUGUUCUGUUUUCGGUGUAUGUUUUAUCCUUUCCGUUAUAACGUAUUUUUAUUUACGUUAUAAAACAUGUCAAUUACGGGCGCUUCGAGGUGGUAAUUCCCACGAAAUGACAAUGCAACAACCGAUUAUAGAUCGUGAAAAUAAUGGGUUUGUUGUCGAAGAUGAUGUACCACAUACGACAGAGAAUUUUAAAGAACAACUAAAUGGUUUGGUAGAUCGUUUGGAGACCACCAAAAGAAUUCCGCGCAAUAAUUUGCGUUUAAAUGUCAAUGAUAUUGUGGCGGUGGGGAAUUAUGGAGAUGUCAUUACUGGGAAAUUGUUACAAAAUAAUUUACCCGAAUCGACGGCCGAGUGUCAGCUACAUGUUCUCUCUUUGGAUGAGCUAACCAGUACCGAUCAAGGGAAGUUGUUGCAGGAAUUUCGUAACCUCAUCAAAUUGCAGCAGCAUACCAACAUUUUAGAUUUCUAUGGAGUAUCGGCCAGUACCGAUUGGUUCUAUUUUGUGUUUGAACAUCAAAAUGUGACAUUGAAACGUCGUCUAAUUGAAAGUCGUCGAGCCCCCAAUUCAGCACCCGUACAACGUAUAACUUCGUUAUCUGAACAAAUGAUAUUGGAAUGGAUAUAUGAAAUAGCCAAUGCCAUGGAAUAUCUCGCCAAAUCGAAGGUGGUACACAAACAUUUGUGUUCCCAUUGUAUUUAUGUUACAGCUGAGAUGAAAUUGAAAGUAUCCGUCUUUGGACCCACUCCCUAUGUACAAAAUCAAAAGAAAGUUGAUCAAACCCGCUGGCUGGCACCAGAAGUUCUACGCUAUCAACACUACUCAACCAAAUCGGAUGUUUGGUCCUUUGCCAUAGUGGCCUGGGAAUGUUGUUCAUUGGGCGCAACUCCAUAUCCACAAAUAAAUAGCUCGAAUAAAAUCUUGGAUGCUCUGAAAAGUGGUUCACGCCCAGCUCAACCAUCGUUUGUCUAUCAAGAUCUCUAUCAAAUGUUGUUGAAUUGUUGGACUUUGGAACCCAGUGAACGUUCAAAUUUUGAAGAUAUCACAUUUAAUGUACGACAGAUGAUGACCUCACCACGUCAUUCGUUGUGUUUCGAUGUGCAGGAGAAUAAAUCGCCGGCGAAUUGUAAUAUUUUGGAUGCAUUGCCAUUUUAUAUGCCAGCAUUGGAAAUGGAAAAUUAG